GUGAGGAGGAGGAGGAGGAGGGAGCAGGACGAGGCAGGGAGGUGUGCUGCUCUGCUGUUGCUGCUGCAUUUCUCCGCUCCAACACGACCAGGAGGCUGCUUUAAAACUUCCAGCCCUCCGCAUUUUCUUCCUCUCUCUGUUCUGUCUCUCCAUCAGGGAGGAGGAAGCUCGCUAGACCUCCACGAGCUCAUCCUUUUGAUUCUCUCCAUCCCUUUUUCAUUUCUUCAGAGACUUCUCAAAGUCUGCUGACCCGAGAUAUCUGUGCAUCUGCAGGUCAGAUGUUGGUUACCGUGAGUGCUCUUUAAAAGGACUUUCAGUUAUUUUUACAGCUAUUCUUGGAGUACGUCUGGUCUGUUUCAUCCCAGUCAGCGUUGUGUUUCCACUGGAGAGAAAUGAGGGCUGAAGUCCUUGUCGUCUGGGUGGCUUUGACCCUCUGCUGCGUCCUCGUCUGUGCCAGUGAAGAUGUCAAAGAGAACAAACUCUCCAGAGGACGAGUUCAGGUGAGAGAAGCCAGAGGACUGGUCAAGCACCGGAGACAAGGGGAGGAAGGAGAAGCUGAAAUGUCAGACGAGCCCGCUAAGGUGGUGGAAGAGGAGAGGACAAAACCAAAGAAGAAGAAAACACCUGAGGAAAUUGAGGCAGCCAGGGCAAAGAAAGCAGCAGAGAAGGAGGCCAAAGCAAAGAAGCAGAAAGCUCCUAAGCCCACCAAAAAGCCCAAACCCCCGAAACCCACCAAGAAACCCAAACCACCAAAGCCCACAAAGAAGCCAAAGGCGCCCAAAUCCACCAAGAAACCAAAGGCAACAACCACAGCACAGCCGAUGAAUAGGAAUCCUUCUCUGGACGAGGAAGAGGAGAAACUGCUGAUUGAACUCGGCUGGGACACAUUGUUUCGACCUGUGACGCCUGGGACUGGAAGGGAAGAGCCUAUUGAGCCAGGCCUUGAGGACGUGCCUGGUGGAUAUCCUGAUAAAAACAAGGUCAAACCUACUGAGACCAUCAUGUACAUACCAGAGGAAGCCACCACCGUCCCAUUCAUGGGUCCCUGGUAUGAAGAAUAUGAUUACACUGACUUGGCACUUAAGAAACAAGAAGAAGAGGAGGAGAGAGCUCGAAAGGAAAAGGCAGAAAAAGCUGAGCGGCUGAGGAAGCAGUGGGAGCAGGAGGAAGAGGAGAGACUGAAGCAGAUUCAGCAGAAACCUGCGGAACCAAAAAAGUGUCCUCCUCUGGGUUUGGAGUCUCACCGGGUGGAAGACGACCAGCUGCUGGCUUCCUCUCAGUCUCACCAUGGCUUCACGGCUCAGAGAGGACGCCUCAACAUGCAGGGCACUGAUAACGAGGAGGAUUUGUACGGCGGUGCCUGGUGCGCAGAGCCAGAGGAGACCAACCACUGGUUUGAGGUCGAUGCCCGCCGAGAGGUGGAGUUCUCCGGGGUCAUCACUCAGGGAAGAAACUCAGAGACAGUUGAGGAUUUCAUGUCGUCCUACUUUGUGGCCUUCAGUAACGACAGUCGUGACUGGACUACACUUCACGACGGCUACGCUGAGUGGCUGUUCUACGGGAAUGUGGACAAAGACACGCCGGUCAUGAAUCAGUUUUCUUCGCCCGUGGUGGCGCGUUACAUCCGCAUCCUUCCUCAGAGCUGGAACGGCAGCUUAUGUAUCAGAGCUGAGAUCUUGGCCUGUCAGCUACCCAGCAGCUACCGCAGCGAGAAUGAAGUCAACCCAUCAGACGACCUGGACUACAGACACCACAACUACAAGGAGAUGAGACAGAUGAUGAAGGUGAUAAAUGAGGAGUGUCCCAACAUCACCAGGAUCUACAACAUUGGUAAAAGUUCUCAGGGCCUGAAGAUGUACGCCAUGGAGAUCUCUGACAACCCGGGGGAGCACGAGACAGGUGAACCAGAAUUUCGUUACACGGCCGGUCUCCAUGGUAACGAGGCGCUGGGCCGAGAGCUCCUCCUCCUGCUGAUGCAGUUUCUGUGCAAGGAGUACAACGACGACAACCCCAGAGUGCGCCGCCUGGUGGACGGAGUGAGAAUACACCUGGUGCCCUCGCUCAACCCCGACGCUUACGAGCUGGCCUAUGAGAUGGGCUCGGAGAUGGGGAACUGGGCGCUGGGCCACUGGACUGAAGAAGGUUACGACAUCUUCCAGAACUUCCCAGACCUCAACAGCGUCUUGUGGGGAGCCGAGGACAGAGGCUGGGUCCCUCGCAUUGUACCCAACCAUCACAUCCCCCUCCCAGAAAACUUCCUCAAUGGAUCUAUCGGUGUUGAGACCAAAUCCAUCAUUUCCUGGAUGCAGCGCAACCCGUUCGUGCUGGGAGCUAAUUUGCAAGGAGGAGAAAAACUGGUCGCGUACCCGUUUGACAUGCAGCGUCCCCCGUCUACUUUGACCGACAGCCGACGCUGGAGAACGAACGCCGAGAUGAACGAGGAGACGUGGGCCCGCAUCCAGCGACAGAACGAGGGAGCUCUGAGGGAGACGCCAGACGACACCAUGUUUCGGUGGUUGGCGAUGUCGUACGCCCACAGUCACCUGACCAUGACGGAGACCUACAGAGGCUCCUGUCACGGGGAUGAUGUCACCGGCGGACAGGGCAUCACCAACAGAGCCAGCUGGAAGCCAGUGGUGGGCAGUAUGAACGACUUCAGCUACCUGCACACCAACUGCUUCGAGCUCUCCAUCUUCUUGGGCUGUGACAAGUUUCCUCAUGAGAGUGAACUUCCUCUUGAGUGGGAGAACAACCGCGAGGCUCUGCUGUCCUUCAUUGAACAAGUACAUCGAGGGAUAAAAGGGUUAGUGAGAGACGUGGAGGGGAAUCCGCUGCCUAAUGCCACCAUAUCUGUGGACGGAAUACGGCAUGACGUCAGAACUGCUGCAGGUGGUGAUUACUGGCGGCUGCUGAAUCCCGGCGAGUACCGAGUCACGGCGAAGGCCGACGGCUACACCCCUCAGACUAGACUCUGCAUGGUGGGCUACGACUCCGGAGCCACUUCCUGCAGCUUCACCUUGACCAAAUCCAACUGGGAUCGCAUCAAACAGAUCAUGGCUCUCAACGGUAAGAGGCCCAUUCGACUCGUCCCCAAAACCAACGUGGUGAAAGCGACGUCAGCCACCGUGGAGGUCACCGGCGAAGACGAAAGGACAGACUCUCACGCCAACGCUCAGAAAGCAGAGCGACUCAGGCGGCUACGGAUCAUGCGCUUACGCAGGCUGCGUCUGCAGAGAAUACGAGCCGGUCUUGGUACAACAACGACUACAACAACAACUACAACAACAACAACAACAACACCCCCCACAACAAUACGUGAAACUGAGAGUACGACUUCCUGGUAUGACUCCUGGUUUCCUGUGGACAGCUGGUCAACGGAGAACCCCUUCGACAGCGUCAUCUUUGACUCUGUCCCCACACAGGACUAUCCUUUUGAAUUCACUAUUGAUUGAUUAGCACACGUAGUGAAGCAAAAUCAUUUUUAUACAAAGAUCUUAUUAACCACUUCAGUUUUUUGCAGCUAUACAAACACACAAUACGUACAGUACUGUAGGUCUUUAAUGGUUUAGAUCCCAGAGAGUUUUCACCUGUAGGGUUUACUUUUUAAAGUUUGUUUUUAAGGGAAUAUCUGUGAGAUUAAUAUUUUUUUGUUUCUUUACAUAGAAUUAAUCUAGAAAAAAAAAGCCUCUGCUGAGCAGAAACUAUAGAUGAUCAAUACAACAAUAUUCUGUACAUCACAACAGGUUAUUAUUAGGUUUGUCUCCAUAAAGAAAUCUAUGUAUCUUCUUAUGUUUCUUUAAUGGCUUUUCAGUGUUAUUGCUGGCCUCAGAUAAACUGAUAAUGUACUGCUGAAUGCAUUUGUUUAAAAUUAAAUAAUUUUCUACAAUA